AUGACUUGAGGACUUUCUGAAAUGGGUUGACUUCUCAAAAACAAAGGUAAAAAAAACAAGCAAAGCCUUCACCUGGAUGCCCUUGUACUCUGAUCACCUUUGGUUUAUCAUUAACGUAAGGUCUUUCACAAGCAACACACCUGAAGGACAUUCUGCAGAGCCGGCUGGAUUUUAAGCUGACUGAAAUAAAAGGAUUCAUUGCCUAAGAACUAAAGGUCCUCACUAAAGCUGAGAAAGAUGGCCUUAUGCAUUUAAGCUGUGUCACCUACUCAGGACUCACAGAGAAGGAAGUCUAGCUCCAGCAAAUCCAUUAGGAUGCCGCUUAAAUCAUCGCUGUACAGAAAUCCAUCCUCUAGUCGCAGGUCCAGCAGGGACCCAAAGAGGAGAGAAGUUAUGUCUGUGAACAUGAUCAGUCUACCCCUCGGUGAUUUCCGACACGUCUCUCACAUUGGGACCAAUGGCCAUAAUGACAGUUUUGGAGAUUUAUCCUUCCUUAAGAUGGGUCACGGCCUGCUCCGACAAAGUUCCAAGAGCGAGCAGAACCUCUUCCUGAACUGCAAGCCACCGCCAAAACCCCCACGUAUGAAUCUGGAUGAAACGGGGGGCAUGCAGAGCCCUGAGUGGUCUGUGGACCAGAAGAGGAAGAAGUGUAGCUCUUUGCCUCUUAUGGACAGUGAAGAAGACGAGAAGUGUGAAAACGAGGAGGCGGAUGAAAGAAGGAAUAACUGUGCUUCUAAUCAGACUCGCAGGCCCGGACGUGGCAGCGUGGGUUCUGAUAGAGACAGAGAGUUUACAGGGAGCUGUGACCAGAUUGAUGUAUUUAACAACGAGGACAGUGGGUUUUCUUUCAGUCUGGACUUGGGUCCCUCGAUCCUGGAAGAUGUUCUCCGGGUUAUGGACAAACUGCACAAUUGAAGAAUCUUCAAUGCUUGAGCUUAGUAAGACAUUGGAUGGUAGAAAAGAAAUUUAACUCUCUCUGUUACUCUUGGGAAACCUUGAUUUAAUAACUAAGACGACAUGAUAAAGUGUAGUAAGGCCAGAAUAACUUUGCUUGCAAUUCUUUUUGCAUGCCUGGACCAGGCCAUCACAGGCUCAAAUAGGGAUGAAGAGUCUACAGAGACCUGUGACCAAACUGACAAACCAAAUGACAAGGACAGUGGAUUUUCAUUCAGUUUGGAUGUGGACCCAUUCAAUCCUGAGCAACGUUCUCCAGAUGAUGGACAAACCUUAUCACUGAAUCACUGUGACAUAUUAAUGGUUUUAGGUGAUGGAGAAGAAUGCCAUGACUUAAUUUGAAGACAACCCUGAUUUUAUUAACAAGGCCACUUGAUAAAAUAAAGGUUAUCUUGUAUAUUUGCUGGUACACAGGAUAAUGUCUUUAAUUGCUUUACUGGCACACAAGCAAAGAAAAUAUGUGAUACAGAAAAACCUUGUUUUUCUAAAGAGGACAUGCAAAAUCGUUCAUAGAACAUUAUGGUAACCGGCAAUUGCCAACAAAAUAAUGGUAAAGAUAACAUAUGAACACUGUUUGAUAUGUAGGCAUUUUAAACUUCAUCUACAUUUCCACUAUUAUAGUCCCCCAAAUCACACAAUACUAGAAGCAGCUGUUAGGAUUUAAGGGUGUUGUGUUUAAGGAAAGAAAGCUGAGGGUGAAAUCCAAGGUCCUUGAGCUGUGAUGUCUCGACUCUUGCCGUGCUUGCCCGUCUAUUGUGUGCACAGGGCAAUUUUUCCUCCGCACGCAUCCCAGAGGCCCCACUCAAAGGUAGACCAAGGCAACCCCCCAUUUCUCAUUCCCAGCAGUACAGUGAAAACAAACAUUUAGCUCUGCUUCCAAUGAAAGCAAGCCAGUGGUGGCAGGUUGGGCAGCAUACCAAGCCAGGCCACAGGUCCAAGACCUUAUAAGAAGAAAGAAAUGGCAGCCCAUGCUGUUUUGUUAGCUGCAAAUCAGAGUGCAAUGACCUGGCUGGUGGCGCUCAAGAAAGAAAGUGGUGACGGGUAACACUAUACGUCUACACAUGCAGUUGGAGGGGGAGAGGGGCCAGAGACAGCCAUUAUUCCAGCAGAGGUCCUGAUGAGCAUUUAAACACAAACGUCUGAGCAAAUGCAUGCUGCAUCUCAUGUAUAUGCAUUGCAUUUUCUUCACACAUAAUCCAAGUGGGAAUUUGUGCAGACAUCAAAGGUCCACCACUUUCCUUGGUUUAUACUUUAGUGGGGGGGUGACAAGAUGAUCUUUGGGACAAGCCCAGGACCAGUUAAAUUAUUUGGCACCCUAAAGGUCACGCAGGAAAUGCACAAACCACAAAAGUCCAGCUUCAAGCAAUAGAUUUAGAAUUCUACGCAAGUCCAAAUAGAGACAGCAUUAUGUUUGGAUACCUCUACAUCGUAUGUCUGUUUUUGUGCCUUCAGUUCUUAACUGAAUAUGUCUGUUUCUUGUACAUGUUAUGACAUACGUUUUUUUGCAUUGUAAAAAUACCAUUCUGUUCUUUGGUUGGUUAGGCAAAAAAUGCACUCCAUUUAGAUUCCACCAUUGGUUGUUUUGUGGAUAAACUGAAUGGGCAUUUUUACACAAGGAUGUACUGACAUGUACUUGACUUCUCAGCACAACAAGCCUUUUGGGGCUUGUUGUGGAUGGAAUACGUUUUGUAUGUCACUGAUGUCCACCAUCUUUUUUUUUCUUAGAAAUCAUAGUCUUGAAUAAGACUAGCAGCACAAUGAAUAAAGGUGGAAAUGUGUAGAAAUCUACAUUAAAAGAAGCCUCUAUGCUUACAGCCAAAAAUACUGCAUCAGAGAAAGAGAGUUUAUGGAACAACUGGUUUAAAUGAUUUUCACUGAUCUGAUGCAUGCCUAACUCAAAACAACAAAGGUGGAGCUUACCAGGUGUGGUUAAAGUGUCAGUUAAAGCUGGAGACUAGUUAGCAAGAGUGACUCAUGAUGAUCAAAGCUCUGUUUCUUCGUAAUUGAAAGAAAACUUGUACAAAGUAGUGCAGCUGCCAUAAGAACAAAUAAGAAGAGUUAAAACUUCAAAUGUACAUUCUGCUUAUAUAAAAAAAAAAAAAAACUUCAAAACAGAGCAGAGUCCUUCCUGGGCAGCCUGAACUCAACUAAAAACCUAAACCUAGAGUAAACUAUAAUACUAAAAAAACAUAUCGUCCUGAAGAAUGAGUCUUCUGAGUAAGUUUUCAUUGGUUCUGAUCUAAAUCACACACUUCGGCUUGGAAAACAUGAGACAGACACCAUCGCCUUCAACUCCACUAAAAGGUGUCUUAAUGUGUUUUAAUGGAGAUCAACCGUGUCUUAAAAGUAUUUAAACCACCAGACAUUUUUCACAUUUUGUCACAUUUGAACCACAGCUCCAAUUAUUGUUAUGUUACAGACCAACACAGAGUGGCACACAAUUGUAAAGCAGAAGGGAAAUAAUACUGAUAAGUGUUGCAUGCAAAUGUCUCUAUGAACUGUGCAGAUGUAGUGAGAAAAAUAUUUGCCCAUUCUUCUUUGCAAAGCAGCUGAAACUCAGAACAAAAAAAAAAAACAUAACAGUCAAGAGAUUCUCAGCACCUGAGCUGAGGAUCUCUGCAGCUCAAAUUACUAACAAUUUGUUACCUCUGAAGGCAACUGGCUGUACUGGAUGUUAUUUAGGGGAAUCAGAUUAAACGGGGCAGAACACAGAUGUUGACACACUUGGCAUUUCCUUCCACUUCUUAAUUAUGCAUUACUUUGUGUUGAUCUUUGUGUUGUGGCUGUAAAGUCAAACUAUGACUAACGUUCUCAAAUGUAAAUGUGGCUGCAACUUAAUAAGCACUUACCCCACAGCCCUAAUGUUAUGUUUGCAUAAUAUAGUCUCUAAGAAAUGA